AUGGCCAUCUGGAAACCGAUCAACCCCACCACCAGCGACGUUGACGAACUUGUUCGCGUUGGCCAAACUGUCCACGAUCCCAGCCUAGACGAAGGUGCGGAUGUCUUCCUUGAGCGCGUACAGCUGUUUCCGCAAGGAUGCAUGGUACUCGUUGAAGACGGGCACAUCGUCGGUUAUGCUAUAUCCCACCCAAUCCUGCGUGACUGCCCGCCUGCCCUGAACACCAAACUUGGAGCGGUUCCGACGAAUGCCGAUGAGUACUACAUCCACGACAUCGCUAUACUGCCAGAGUUUCGCGGAAAGGGCCAUGCAGCGGAGUGCAUCGACAAAAUCCUCCGAGUCGCCGAUCAAUAUCCUACCACAAGCUUGAUUUCUGUAUACGGCACGGCGUCUUUCUGGGGUCGUUAUGGGUUUGCUCCUGUCCCCCUGUUGGAGGGUCACCUUGCCAAGAAACUUGCGAGUUAUGGGGAGGAUGCGCAAUACCUUCGCCGACAGAACAAAGAGUGUUCUAGAUGA